AUAAAUUCAUGGAGCAAGAAGAAAAUAAGAAAGGUCGGGAAGAACAUUGUUCUCAGGAAGAUGAAGAAUCUCAACAAAUGCCUAGCUCAAAGGGGCUGAAUGAGAAGCAAACUCUUCAUCCUGAUGAAGAGAAUAAAAGUGAUACAAAUGACCUAGAUGUCAUAGAGGAGUUACUCGAUCAAAUACCUCCUGAUUUCGCAUUGGCUGAAAAGCACCGGAAUGCAAAUAGAGUUAGAAAUAUUAGAGAUGAAGUCAACUUUGUAAAGGAUACAAGUCAAAUUGAGUCAGAGGAAGAUUUUUGUCAAUGCUGUCAAAUGCCAGCUUCUGAUUCUGCUGCACCCUUAUUCAGCAUUUGUACAAAUAUUUUUAACCUAGAAGACCUAGGAUGAGGCUUCCCUCUUUACUAUGAAUACAAAAAGUAUAUUUUUGCUAUGCUUAUGGCCAUUAUCUUCAUCUUUAGCAUCACUGCUUUGAUCUUUAAUUCAAAUGAGCAUAAAGCAGGAGAAUGGGUUGCUGAAAGUGAACCCUCAAGCAUCAUCACUUUAAGUAUGGGAAAUUAUGGAGCUACUCCUACAAACUAUAAGAAAGAAGAGCUUAAAAUUCAGGCUUAUCUAAACUUUGGAGCAAUCAUUGUGAUCCUAAUUCUAGAAAAUAUCCUAAGAAGGAGACAAAACAUUUUAGUGAAAAAUAUUGAUGAAAAAUAACAUUACUCCUCCAGACUUUACGAUUUAUGUGAUGAAUCUUCCCCUAGAUAAAUCUGAAGAAGAAGUCAAGGAGUGGUUUGAAAAUUACGACCCUAAUCUCGGCAUUAACAUCGUCAAAAUAAACUAUUGCUAUGACAUCAAAGAGUCUGUGAGGCUGUCAAGAGAGCUUGACAAUUGGCAGAAGAUGAAGAAUUAUGUACUUUAUUACAGAGAACAGAAAUGAAAGGAACUAAACAUUUCAGAGGAAGAAGCAGAAAAACAAGGAAUAGAUAUUAACCCUCCAAGAGUUGACUAUGAUUACUGUUGAAUUAAAGAAACCUUCCCCUCUUUUGAAGAGAUUUUAAGCAAAAACAAACAGUUGGAAGCAGAAUUUGAAACUCUGAGGAAUAAUAUGGAUGUUAAUACAGAUAAAGAUUUGUAUAUUGGAAAGGCUUUUAUUACUCUUGAAAAACAACACCAAGCAACCAAGUUGAUUAAAAUUUUCAAAAUGCACUAUGUUAUCAAAACAAUAUUUUUCCUCUAUUAUAGAGUAUUUAAAUGCAAGCAAGUUAAAAUAGAGAAAAGGUUCUGGAACAAUAAAAGGAUCAUUGUUGAACAAGCCGCAGAUCCUGUUGAUGUUUAUUGGGAAAACUUAUCCAUAAAAGAUUACCAGAGAUUUAUUAAAAGCCUUAUUACGUAUUCUAUCACAGCAAUUUUACUUGGGCUUGUCUUCUGUCUUUACUUUGGUCUCAAUAUUUGGAAACAAGACUUAGAAGACAAUGCUAAAAAUUCAAACAAUUCCAAAGAGAUAUGGAUUGUAAGAGGAGUUAGUUUUUUAACAUCUAUCAUUACUAUUUUUGUUAACUCAAUACUCAAGUUUGUAAUCAGGAUGCUCUCAUCCCACGAAAAGCAUAUGACAUACACCAGAUAUCACCUUUCAGUUGCACUGAAGUUAACAAUUGCAACAUUUGUUAACGUGGCUCUGCUGCCUAUAUUCACAAGGCUUGAGAAAGACAAAUGGUUUGAAAGUGGAGGACUAUCCACAACUAUCUUUUACAACAUCAUAUCUGUUUCCUUUGUGGCACCAAUUUUAAAUUUGUUCAACAUCAAUUACAUCAUCAAAAGAAUCAAGAUGUGGAGAGAGAAGAGAAAGGGUAUAAAUUCAAAAAUGACCCAAAGGCAAGCCAAUCAGCUAUUCGUGGGUCCAAAUAUGGAUAUUUCAUCUGCCUAUUCUAACACUUGUCUGAUAUUCAUGGUAGUAUGUUUCUACACUCCUAUAAUGCCAAUCCUACCUAUUAUUGCAGCAAGCGGAGUGUUCUUACAAUACUGGGUUGAAAAAUAUUUGCUCCUUCGAAGAUACACCAUUCCUGAAGCUGCAGGAAGUGCGAUGGCUAAAUUUUAUGCUAGUGUUAUCCCAAUCGGAAUGCUUUUAUACGCAAUUGGCAAUUUUGUUUUCCUCAGAGAGCUUUCUGAAAAAGAAAAUGAGCAUGGCCAAUGGUCUCUUUGGUUCAUGAUUGCUUAUGUGUUUUUACCAGUUAGAUUGCUAUUAAACCUAUUCACAGAUUACAUUGAAAAAGAUGAUACAACCACCUACGAACAAAGGAGGACUACUUUUAUUACUGACUAUGACAGAAGCAACCCUAUGACAGCAAAUGAAGCUAAAAGAGAAUUUUUAAUUGAACUAAAGAAUCAAAGAAUGAACAAGAAAGAUCCUGAAGAAAUCAAACAGAAGGAAACAGAAGAAAAAGAAAUUGAAGAGGAAUUAAAUAGUUUAGAAGGCAAAAAUAAACUCCAUUCGAUCUUAAACUAUUGCAAAGAUUUUAAAGGACUCGAAAAUAAAAGAUCCAAACUUGACAAGAUAACUCAGAAGAAAGGAUACAUUCAGCAAACAAGGGAUGAUGCUGGCUCUAAAAACUUACUUAAAAUUAAAAUAAGAAAAAUGAGAGCCAAAAAGAAAGGAAGAAAAAAGUUUAUUAAACCAAAGUUCUUUUCACGGAUAAACAAAAGAAUAGAACAAAGAGCUAACAAAGUAGUGCCAUUCGGAGAAGAAAAGAAGCAAUCACAAUACCACGAAAACAUAAACUCUGACGACGAAGGAUCAAUGUCUAUGCUUAUGGCAAACAGAAAGGAAGAAGUAAAACAAGUGAAUUAG